AUGUCAUCGUCCAACUCGGCUAGCGCUGCCCUUACCGUGCGCCCCACUGCCGAUCUCCAAUACCUUCAAAGUCAGGCCUCUUCAGCACCAUCCUCUUUGCGACCUCUGUACGCUCGCUUCCCUCAGCUCUACGAAAAGAAGUUGUGGUACCAAUUGACUGUGGCUGUAGAAGAAUUCCUGAAUUCUAAGGAUAGCGAUGCUGGAACGCUACGCGUCGAUCUGUACGACAAGUUUGUCAGGGGGUUCUCGGACAAGAUCAAUCAAGGCAGGCUGGUCGGAAUCGCCGUCAAGGCUGCGAGGCAACUAUCAGGCGAGUCUUGUAGCCCCCUCCUUGCUCGUCCUUGUCAUCUCCACACAGGCUCCUAUACGCUGACACCCUGCUCUCUCUCCCCUCCUGCCAGAUCCUGCCGCCGCAAGUGCUUUCCUCUCGCCUCUCGUUGCCAUCGUGGACACUCCUUCCACUCAAGAAGCUCACGUCAGGGCAGUGAUGGAGUGCGCUCACUUCCACUUGCUGCAAGGCCAACUGCAAGCUACAAAGGAUAGCAUGGACAAGUGCAGCAAGAUCCUAGACAGUCUGGAUGCCGUCGACACGGAAACGCACGCCGCAUACUACCGCGUUUCCGGCGACUACUACAAGGUGCGUUGAUCUUUGCAGCGAAUCUUGGUCUCGAUUGAAGCCACCGGUCCAGGCUGACGAUACCCUCUUUUCCUCUGACUCGCAGGCAAAAGCAGACUACGCACCUUAUUACCGCUCCUCCCUACUCUAUCUCGCCUGCGUCGACAUCUACACGGACUUGACAUUGGAGGAGAGGGUAGAGAGGGCUCACGAUCUUUCCAUCAGCGCUCUUCUUGGCGACACGAUCUACAACUUCGGAGAAUUACUGCUGCAUCCCAUUCUCGGCGAUUUGGAAUCGACACCACACGCAUAUUUGGCAUCUCUCUUGAACGCUUUCAACUCGGGAUCGAUCGGUCAUUUCGAGAGCCUGCUGCCCAAGCUGCACAAUGAGACCAUUCUGAAGCAGAAUGAGCCUUUCCUCAGGCAAAAGAUAUGCCUGAUGGCACUCAUAGAGAGCAUCUUCAAGAGGGCCAAUGAUCAGAGGACGUUGCCAUUCGACACCAUUGCGCAGGAGACCCGGCUUCCCAGCUCAGAGGUCGAGCACCUCGUCAUGAAAGCUCUCAGGUGAGCAGAUGUCUGAUGCAAAGGACGCCUCAGAUUAUCCCCUACUCACAGCCAGCCCUUUCUUUUCUCAAAAGUUUGAAAUUGAUCAAGGGCACGCUUGACCAGCACGCACAACUAGCCCACAUUACCUGGGUUCAACCGCGAGUUUUGGACAAGGCGCAAAUCAAAGCUCUUCAAGAAAGACUCGACGCGUGGUGUCAACGAGUCUCCCAGACUGCCGAGUUUGUCAAGACAGAGACUCGUGAGUAUCCAGAUGAUGCAGCACAAGUUCACGUUAUUGUUUAGUCCACGCUGACGCUUGGAUCUCUGUGUGACCUUCGCUCCUCUUGCUUUUGCCAACCUCUGUUAGCCGAGCUUUUUGCGAGCGCUUAA